AUGGCCACGACUGGACAGGUUGUGCCGCAUGAAGAGCCGAUGAAUCUGCAAACUCUUCGACGUGCAGCCGAGGAGGGCGAUCUCCAGGCCAUGGCUCGGAUGGACCUUCGGCUUCAAAGUGCUUUGGAGGAAGACGAGACCUUGCGACGGGUAGGGAAUCGAAACUGGCAAUUGAUUGCAUUUGAUGUUUCAGAACUGAGUCCUGGCCAGUGCAGUCGACAGACUGAGGACCCGAAGGCUCAAGCAGCCUUGCGCCUUUACCAGGACUCGGUGACGCUGGGGAAGAAGAACGGGAACAUUGACCGGGAAGCCUUUCAGGCGGUGAUGCGAGAUGAUGCAGACGAGCCCUGGCGAAAUACAGCCAUGGUCUGGGUCCUGAGGCAGUUGAUUGGCGAGGGCUUGGACCUGGAGGUCACCAAUACUGGUGGCCACACCCUGCUGCAGCUGGCGCAGGAGCGGGGCAAAGAGCACUGCGCCCAAGUGCUGCUGCGUGAGGGGGCCGGACGUACCCAGUGCCUUGCCUUCAGCGGGAAACUGGUGUCGUACCGAAUCGUGCGAAUCGUGUCCGAAUCGUGUCCGAAUCUCACAUAUUCAUCAGGUGGGCAGAAGCUAUGA